AUGCAAUUGAAGGUCUUCACCUUGGCGUUCAUCAUUGGAUGUACCACUGCCAAGCGCUGGGCCGGCAUGAAAAAUCUCCCUGACGGUCCUUACAAAUGUAUCACUCACGCCAACGGCCUUACCUCAGACCAACAGAGGCGGUCUGACUUUGCUAUCGAAAAGCGCAAGAUUGACUGCUGGGGAUACCUGCUCGACCACGGGGGUGUUGACGAUGCUGUUGUAUCGCUAGGAAUAGCUAUGGAAUUGAGGGAUUAA